UCGGGCGGCUGUCCCCUCAUCCCUCGGAGGCGUCUCGGGGCAGAAUAUCAGGCCGCAGGGCCUCCGGCCCAAGAUGGUGCCUGGUGGUGUGGGAUGGGGACCGCGGCUGGGGAGUGAUCCUGUAGGAAGUCCUCUCAGACCACGGGAGUGGGGACAGGGAAGAGAUUGGCGCUGGGGAGAACCAAGGCGGAUCGCGGGGGUCCUGGGAUGGGCACUGGGCAUGUGGAAAUUGGUUGGAGGUCAGGCCCUGCGGAAGGUGGAGAGAAGCCGGUCCUGCUCUCGAGAGAGAAAGGAGGGUUAUACUAAGGACAUGGUGACAGACUUUGAUGAGAAACAUGAUGAGUAUUUAAUAUUGCUUCAGCAGAGAAACCGGCUAUUAAAGCAUUUGAAGGCCAAGGAUCCUGUACAGCUAAGGCUGGAGCACUUGGAACAAGGUUUCUCUGUCUAUGUCAAUGGGGCCAAUUCAGAGCUGAAGACAUCCCCACGGAAAGCUGUGCACACAGACUUCUCCAGAAGUGCCUCACAGGCUGAGGGAUCACAAGAUUAUGGACGAAGAACCCUGUUCAGAGAAGCCGAAGAAGUCUUAAGACGCAGCUCGAGGACAGCACCAGGAAAGGUCCAGCGCCGAGGAUGGCACCAGAAAUCCGUACAGAUCAGAACUGAAGCUGGCCCUCGGCUCCACAUUGAACCUCCUCUGGAUUGUUCAGAGGAUUUUGAGUCGUCUAAGGAUGUGACUGGCAAGGCCAAGGAUACCACUGUGGAUCACACACAGGAGCUGAGAAAAGGUCUGGGACUCAGCACAGACCUCCAAACGCAGGAGGAUGGCUCCAGUGACGAGUACGACUCUAUUGAGGAAGACGUCCUCUCUGAGACCGAGACUGAGGACCUCAUACUGCCAGGCCAUACCAGCAAUGAGUUUCCUCUUCCCAGCCAGGACACAGUACAGAAGGAUGUCCCCAAGGACAAGGAGCUGGAAGGCCGGCCUCCCCAGGGCAUAGACACCCUUGUGGUGAUGGAGUUUAACCCAGCUUCUAAAAGUAACAAAAUGGAGAGGGUUUUAUCUGCUAAGCGGAAGGACAAUGCUGAAGUCUUCAUCCCCAGCAAACCAGAGUCAGUCCUGAAUCCACAGCCCCCCACUGUGUUCCCAGACCAGGAGAGGGCCUGCUCCAGACCUGGCAGCCGGAGAGACAGACCCUUGUCAGCAACUCGAAAAGCACAUGCAGCCGAGGAUCGAGAGGAAGAUGCCUCGGCCGUGCUGAAAGCCAUCCAAGUGGAAAAUGCAGCUCUGCAGCAGGUGUUCCUCAGCCAAGAGCCUGAGCUAGCCACCCCUCCACAGCAGGAUACCAAGGAACCACUAGCAAAAUCAUGGCCCAGUCUGCUGAAGGCCAAGGAGGACAGUCCAGAGCGGCUUGCCAUCACUCCAGUGACCACCAAUCCUGAGCUGUUCGGGGCAGCAGGGGGAGCCAACGGCAGCAGCCAAGCCAUGGACAGAAUGGGCCCUUUGGGAAGCAGACAACAGCAUAAGUUUCUGGGAGUCCUGCAGACCAUGGAAAGUGACACUGCCCAUCUCAGCCGGGUGGUUGUGCCAACAGAGAAGCCAGUACUGGACCCAGAGGAAAAGUGGAGAGCGAGAGCAGAUGAGAUUGAAGAUGCCAUCUAUGUGACCAUGGAAAUCCUGUCUAACUGGGGCAAUGCAUCAUGGGUGGGUCUCACGGAAGUCCAGUUCUUUGACCUGAACGAUAUAAAGCUGUAUGUCUCACCUCACGAUGUGGACAUCCGGAACGCAGUGUUACCAGGAGAGCUGGGCUGCCUUGUCAGCAGGGACUUAGUGAGCAAGAAGGACCCCCCAGUGUGGACCUGCCCCUUCCACCCCCCACUUCAGCUCUAUUUUAUUAUCCACAACAUGCGACAGCUUCGGGACUUCGGUCUGGCCAAGAUCAAGGUUCGGAAUUACUGGACAGCAGAUGGGGAUCUUGAUAUUGGUGCCAAGAACGUGAAACUCUAUGUCAACAAAAGCCUCAUCUUUGAUGGCGUGUUAGACAAAGGAGGAGGCAAAGCCCCUUUUGAUUGUACCAUCCCUGUUGACCUUCAGAGUGAGAAGAAUGAGAGCCCAGAGAAGGCCCUGAGUGCUGGCUGGGAAGAAAGCAAAGGUGCCCUCAGGAUGGCUGGCAUAAAUGGGGUCGAGGAGCUUGGGCACAGCUGCUCACAGCCAGCUGAAGCCUCGGUGGAUAUGACAGUUUCCUCACAAGGAGAUUUCCUUGAUGAAAAGGUGAAUUCUACUCAUUGCCCGAAGGAUAGUUUGUCCAAGUUACAGGAAGAUGUCAGACUGUUGGCAGCCCCUGCCUCAAUGGGUGAUGGGCCUAGUGUUCCUUCUUCUUCCUCUCUUGGAAAAUAUCCUCCUCUGGAAGAGGAGCCCUCUUUGCUCCAACAGCUGGAAAAUCUCAAAGGCAAGAGAAUCCCUGAACCUGCUGGGAAAACCCCACACUGGUUACAGCCUUCUCUAGCAGAGGUGGGCAAGAAACAGGCAGGCAGGAAGCCCAAACCCCCGUGGCUCAGUCCGGAAAAGGAUCUGGAACAGAAGAGUAGGCUUCCAUUUGAUGAUGUCAUUGGUGAUGCUCUUGGAGAGGUGGAGGCCAGGGAAAAAGGCCCUCGACGUGAACAAGGGAGGACUAACAACUGGAGUGUCAUCACUGAAGAGAGACCCCAGAGGGCAUCCUCCAAAGCCUGUGGUAAUGACUUAGACAUCUUUAGCCAGCCUCCCAACAGGGACCGCCCUGCUAGUGGGAGGAGGGCCCUGAAGAAGGAUGCCAGCAGUAGCCAUGGUGAUGACCAGCCAGCCAGCAAAGAAGACACUCAGGCCACCGGGACACUGCCUUGGUUGCAGUGGUAUGGUGAGAAGGAACACGCACUGCAUGCAUCAUGGGACUCUCUCACUGCCUUUGACCGUGCCCACCGGGGCCGCAUCUCUGCCCUGGAGCCACAGGGGGACAUCCUAGAUGAGUUCCUGAAGCAGCAGAGGAGCAGCCGGUAUGAGGAACCCCCAGCCCCUUGCAGAAAGGAGGAGCCGGAGCCCUCCAUAGAGACAGAUGGUGACAGUGACUUUAAAAUCCCAGUCCUCCCUUAUGGACAGCACUUGGUCAUUGACAUCAAGUCUACAUGGGGAGACAGACACUACGUUGGCCUUAAUGGCAUAGAGAUAUUCAGCUCUACAGGGGAGCCAGUACAGAUCUCCAGCAUUACAGCAGAUCCCCCUGACAUCAAUAUUUUACCAGCUUACGGGAAAGACCCACGUGUAGUUUCCAACCUCAUCGAUGGGGUGAACAGGACCCAGGAUGACAUGCAUGUCUGGCUGGCCCCCUUCACACCAGGCAUGACCCACUCCAUCUCCAUCGAGUUCACACACCCUUGCCAAGUUGCCCUGAUUAGGAUUUGGAAUUACAAUAAGUCUCGAAUACACUCCUUCCGUGGUGUGAAGGACAUCACCAUGCUGUUGGAUACGCAGUGCAUCUUUGAAGGAGAAAUUGCCAAAGCCUCAGGAACCCUGAUGGGAGCCCCUGAGCACUUUGGAGACACUAUCCUUUUCACCACGGAUGAGGACAUCCUGGAGGCCAUAUUCUGCUUGGAUGAGACAUUUGACAUGGAUGCUGAGAGCCUGUGUGGCUUUCAGCCUGAAGAGGCACUAAGGAGGCCUAGCACUGCGGACAGUGAAGGUCAGGACGAGCGGCCUUUCACACAGGCCGGCUUGAGUGCCCAGGACCAGGUACCAGAGCUAGAGCUACAAGCCAGUCCCCCUGUCUCUGAAGUCACCACACCGGAGCCAGGCAUCUUCUAUGGGCUGUGCCUCCGCCUUAACUUCACAGCCUCCUGGGGGGACCUGCACUACAUAGGGCUCACUGGCCUGGAAGUCGUGGGCAAGGAUGGCCAGGCCCUGCCCAUCCACCCGCACCAGCUCUCUGCCUCUCCCAGGGACCUAAAUGACCUGCCGGAGUACACUGAUGACUCCCGAACCCUAGACAAGUUAAUUGACGGCAUGAACAUCACCACCGAGGAUGAGCACAUGUGGCUGAUCCCCUUUUCCCCUGGGUUGGACCAUGUGGUUAGGAUCCACUUUGACAGAGCCCAAAGCAUUGCUGGCCUGCGCCUCUGGAACUACAAUAAAUCUCCCGAGGACACCUACCGAGGGGUCAAAAUCGCCCAUGUGUCCCUGGAUGGCUUGUGCGUGUCUCCUGCAGAAGGCUUUCUUAUCCGAAAGGGACCUGGCAAUUGCCACUUUGAUUUUGCACAAGAAAUCCUCUUUGGGGACUACUUGCAGACCCGGCUGUCACCAGCACCCACCAGGAGGCUGGAUUCAAAGAGCCUGGAGCGAGCCAGCAUGGACUACGAGGCCCCACUCAUGCCCUGUGGCUUCAUUUUCCAGUUCCAGCUGCUGUCCAGCUGGGGUGACCCCUACUACAUCGGCCUCACAGGGCUGGAGCUGUACGAUGAGCAUGGGGAGAGGAUCCCAUUGUCCCAGAACAAUAUCGCCGCCUUCCCGGACAGUGUGAAUGCACUUGAGGGUGUAUGCGGGGACGUGCGAACCCCCGACAAGCUUAUCGACCAAGUCAACAACACCAGUGAUGGCAGGCACAUGUGGCUGGCCCCCAUCCUGCCUGGCCUGGUGAACCGGGUGUAUGUCAUUUUCGAUCUGCCCACCACUGUGUCAAUGAUCAAACUGUGGAAUUACACGAAAACACCUCAACGAGGGGUGAAGGAGUUUGGUUUGCUGGUGGAUGACUUGCUGGUGUACAAUGGCAUUCUUGCCAUGGUGAGCCACCUAGUUGGGGGCAUCCUGCCCACAUGUGAGCCUACCGUGCCCCACCACACCAUCCUCUUUGCCGAGGACACUGACUUCUGUCACCAGGAGAAACACACCAUCAGUAAGCCAGAGGAAGACCAGGACAUACAGAUGAUGAAUGAAAACCAGGUCAUCACUACCUCAAGGAGGAAGCCAGGCACUGCUGACCCAGCCUUACGCCCCAAAACCUGCAUACGUGAAAAGGAGACCUCAAGGCGUUGGCGAUGCUGACUGGAACAGGAGGGAGAGCCUCUCCAGGCUGGCUAGGCUCUAUCACCAGCCCUGAACAGACCCGUGUUCCUCAUACUUCAGGGUUGGCCAGCUGGGACCCCAAGGGUUGGAAGAGCAUGGAGGAACAAGGGACUUUAAUCACAGUCUUGGGAGCUAUAGGGGUCAGAGGAAAGAGUCAAGAACAGGGUAGCUGCCCCCUGCCACACUAGGCUGCUUCUGGGAACCAGGGAUACUUGGUUCCUCUCUGUCCUCUCCUGUGAGGUCCAUAAGAGCAGGGCCUGUGGCACCCCAGUCCUAGGCAGCCCCUGACUCAGGCCCAGAACUCAGUACGUGACCAUGGGGCCCAUGCCCUUCACUGCACAGCCCUGCUCACUAAGGGCAACAGAUGCUGAAAGGCCCACAGUAUCACAGCUCCUCAUCUGUUCAGUGCCUCUGGAGGCCGAUGGGGCUAGUCCUAGGUGGCCUCUGUCCUCUGUCCUGCUAAGGAGAGGAAGUGAGCUACAGUGAGUGCUGAAACUUCCCUCAGCCCCUGCCUCUCCUCCCAUCACAGACACACACACAGACACACACACACACACACACACACACACACACACACACACACACACACACACACACACACAUGCAAGUCAAGAGUUGGAGGGCCUGGGCUCAGGCUUGCCCAUUCUCCCUGCAGCCCAGAGCCCCAUGCCUGUGUGUACAUCUAUAGAACAAGCUUAGAUCAGGGACCUAAUCAGUCUCCCAGUAGUGGGUAAUUUCUGGUUCCAAAUAUUAAUCUGUUGUUUUCCUGGCUCAGGGCCCAGCGGGCCGCUGCCAUGGUAUCGAACUCAGUACAUUCUGAUGCUACCAAGAAUCACAAAGGCCUCUGAGCGGCAACACCCAGCAGCUGUGCAGCUGUUUUCAUUCGAAGCCAGCUGAUGUGCAGAAAGGAUUGCCUCUCUGAUGAGAAUCCAUCAUCUCUGUAGCCUCCAGCGGCCUCUGGCUCCUCCACUCACUCCCAGAUGAGCCGCACACCUCCCAGGAGGGCCAUCAAACCAGCUCUUAGGAGGAAGCCAGGACCACUGCUUUAACAGGAACCCAGCUUCUUCUAGUCCUCAGGGUAGGCACAGAAUUUUUCUGGAACACCCAAGACUGACCUUGGUGUGCUCCCUGCAGACCUUUGGUGGGUGUUUAUAAGUGUAUAUUCCAUGCAAUCUCAGAGGGAAGGCACUGGUACAAGCAUUAACUCUCAAAUAAAUGUCUAUUUUUCAUUACAAAAUCAAUAAAAGAUGUUAUUAAGAAUA